CCAGGUGGGUUGUUCGUGGAGCUGAGCAGCACAGAGCCAAACCAACCAAAAAAGCAUUUCGUACUAGGACUUUACGAGAGUGAAGCCAUGAAGAAGACCGUUGUCCUGUACCCUGGCGUCGGCGUCGGCCACCUGGUGCCGAUGGUGGAGGUCGCCAAGCUGUUCCUCAAGCACGGCCUGGCCGUCACCGUGGUGCUCAUUGAUCCGCAGGUCGAGUCCACGGACUUCUCCUCCGCCGUCGCCCGCGCGAGGUCCUCCAACCCCUCCGUCGCCUUCCACGUCCUGCCGCCGCCGCCCGCGGAUUCCAACUCCGACACCGCGCCCACGAACCCCGUCAUCCAGAUUUUCCGGCUCCUGAAAUCCAUGAACGCCCCCCUCCUGGACUUCCUCCGCUCGCUGCCCUCAAUUGACGCACUCGUCCUCGACAUGUUCUGCGUCGACGCCCAAGAUGUCGCGGCUGAGCUCAAGCUGCCGGUUUACUACUUCUACGCGUCGGCCGCCGCCGACCUCGCGCUCUUCCUCAACCUGCCGAGCAAGCUUGCCGGCAGUAAGGUGAAGGAGCUCGGCGACUCUAUCAUGACUUUCCCGGGUGUUCCUCCGUUGAAAGCUUCGGACUUACCCGAAGUUACCCACAACGAUGAAAUACUCAAGGCCAUCUUGGGCAUGUUCGACCGAAUGCCAGAUGCCAACGGAAUUCUCAUUAAUUCCUUCGAGUCGCUGGAGACGCGGGCGGUGCGCGCUCUGAAGGACGGGCUCUGCGUCCCUGGUCGUGCCAUGCCACCGGUCUACUGCAUCGGGCCUUUGGUGUUGGGAGGCGGUGACCAGGAGCACGAGUGCCUCCGGUGGCUGGACGCGCAGCCGGACCAGAGCGUAGUGUUCCUCUCCUUCGGCAGCAUGGGCACGUUCUCCGGUAAGCAGCUCCAGGAGAUUGCAAGUGGAUUGGAAAAGUCAGGGGAGAGAUUCCUGUGGGUCGUGCGGAGCCCGCGCAAUCCCGACUACAAGUACGGCGAUUCGCUGCCGGAGCCCGAUCUCGACGCGCUCAUGCCGGAAGGGUUCUUGGAGAGGACCAAGGACAGAGGACUCCUGAUCAAGUCUUGGGCGCCACAGGUGGAGGUCCUGCGCCACAGGGCGACCGGCGCAUUCAUGACACACUGCGGCUGGAACUCGACACUGGAGGGCAUCACGGCAGGGUUGCCGCUGCUGUGCUGGCCGCUGUACGCGGAGCAGAAGGUGAACAAGGUGCACAUAGUGGAGGGAAUGAAGCUCGGGGUGGAGAUGAGAGGCUACAACGAAGAGGUGGUUAAGGCCGGGGAGGUGGAGGAGAAGGUCAGGUGGGUUAUCGCGUCCGAGGGCGGCAAGGCGCUCAGGGAGCGGGUGGCGGCGGCGAAGGAUGCAGCUGCCGAGGCGCUCAAGGAAGGGGGCUCGUCUCACUUGGCGUUUGUCCAAUUCCUCAACGACCUGGACACUUCCACAGCCCCAACUGUGCAGCGUUGAUGUGAAACUUGUAAACUUUACUUAAUGUUCGAUUUGCAGUAGCAGGCUAUGUACAUAUUGAAAUUAUAUGCGGACUAGUUUAUUUCUGGACCCUUUCGAAGCUAGUGUUGAUUUGUUUAGGAAAAAAAGCAUUGCACUCUGCUUCUUGUGAGUAUUGAACUGUUGUCUCUAUUUAUGGAAUACUCCCUCCGUCCGGAAAAA